AUGAAACAUAUGGGAACCGACCGAAAAGCAAAGCAAAGAUAUGGGGAGCAGAAGAGGAAAAAUGUGAAACAUAUGGGAAGCAUAUUUUUGCAGCACGUAGUUGUAUGCAUAACAUGUAUAAAAGCAUGCUGGCGAUGCACGAACAACACGUUGCAGCAGUUUCUGAACAUGAAAAAUCAGUUUUGUUCAAUUUCUGAAAUAUGGCAAGCACGCGAAAUCUUAAACAAGCAAGAUACAAUCUUCGCGUUGCGUCCGGUUAACAUUUCCACUUUUCGUAUCACCAAGGGGUACAAAACUGCGGUUAUGGUGCCCUUUGGAGAACAAUGGAAGAAAAUGAGGAAGGUGAUCACAAGUGAAUUGCUUUCUCCAAUGAGGCACAAUAGGGUUGAAGAGGCCGAUCACAUCGUCAAGUAUGUGUACAACCAGUGCAAUAACAAUGAAGGUGGUGGCAUUGUAAAUUUGAGACUUGCCACUCAACAUUAUUGUGCAAAUGUGAUUAAGAAAGUGGUUCUCAACAAGAGGUACUUUGGGGAGGAAAUGGAGGUUGGUGGGCCUGGUUUGGAGGAACAAAAGUAUUUAGAAAAUGUAUUUACAAUGCUUAACUACAUCUAUUCACUUUCUCCAUCCGAUUACAUCCCAUGCUUGAGAGGGCUUGAUUUGGAUGGCCAUGAGAAGAUUAUCAAGGAUGCCAUAAAAAAUACAAGGAAACACCAAGACCCAUUAAUUGAAGAGAGGUUUCGUCAAUAUCAGAAACUUGGCGGUAACAAGGAAUUACAAGACUUGCUUGACAUUCUUAUUUCUCUGAAAGACAAGAAUGGUGAACCCUUGCUUUCAUUAGAAGAAAUCAAAGCUCAAGUAAAUGAACUAAUAAUGGCAGCAGUGGACAAUCCCUCAAAUGCUGCUGAAUGGGCAAUUGUAGAGAUGAUAAAUCAACCCGAACUCUUUGAGAAAGCAACACAAGAACUUGAUGCUGUGGUCGGAAGGAACAGACAAGUUCAAGAGUCGGAUUUGUCGCAGCUCAACUUCGUAAAGGCCUGCGCCAGAGAAGCCUUCCGCCUCCACCCGGUGGCACCGUUCAAUGUGCCCCACGUGUCCAUGGCCGACACCACCGUCGGAGAUUACUUCAUCCCCAAGGGUAGCCACGUGAUUCUCAGCCGAGUUGGGCUUGAGCGUAACCGUAAAGUUUGGAACGAGCCUCUCAAGUUCAAGCCGGAGCGGCACCUCAAGGACUACGGGUCCGGGGUGGUGCUCACCGAGUCGGAGUUGCAAUUCAUUUCGUUCAGCACGGGAAUGCGGGGCUGCGUUGCGAGUAGACUCGGCACUGCCAUGACCGUCAUGUUGUUUGCUCGGCUUCUUCAUGGGUUCAGUUGGCACGUGCCGCCUACUGAGUCGAUCAUUGAACGCACCGAGUCACAAAACGACCUCUUACUCGCUAAGCCACUUCUUGCGUAUGCGAAGCCGCGUUUGGCAGCUCACGUGUACAAUACGGGAAACUGA